AUGCCAAAGUUUAUAAACUCAAUAAUGGCCGACGACCCAGGGCUUCCUGGUGUUUUGUCGGGAAUAGUAAUUGCUGUAACGUCGAGUUUUAUUAAUGGGUCGACGUUUGUACUUCAGAAAAAAGGAAUAAUUCGUUCUCGCGAAAGGGGAAGAUCCUACCUCUGUGAUGUGGUGUGGUGGAGCGGCACGGUGUGCAUGAUUAUUGGUCAAAUUGGGAAUUUCCUGGCGUACAACCUGGCCCCUGCUGUGAUAGUGACACCUUUAGGAGCCCUUGGAGUUCUGUUUGGGGCCGUGCUUGCAUCUUGGAUUUUGGAAGAGCAUUUAAACGUCCUGGGGAAGCUUGGAUGUGUAUUGUGUUGCUGUGGCUCCGUCGUUCUUAUCAUUCAUGCUCCUAGUGCGGUGGCAACUUCAAGAUUGAAGCUAGAGGAGAGACUAACAGACCCAGUGAUUGUCAUUAGUGCCCUUCUGGUGGUCCUGCUGCUGAUCGCCCUGAUAUUGUGGAUCGCUCCGGCUCAUGGAAAAUCCAACAUCAUGGUGUAUGUCGCCAUUUGUUCUCUCCUGGGAAGCUUCACCGUUCCAAGCAGCAAGGGACUUGGAUUGGUAGCCCCAGAUUUGUUUGUGGAAGGACCAGGGAGCACCAGAGCCCUGGCUCUCUUCCUAGUCCUGCUGGUAACGCUGACUGUCAGCAUCCUGAUUCAAUUCGUCUUCAUCAACAAGGCUUUAGAGUGUUUCAGCUCCAACAUGUUCGAAGCGAUAUACUUUGUGACGUUCACAUCCACUGUGAUUUUUACUUCUGCUCUCCUCUUUAAAGAGUGGACGGCUCUUACUGUGACCGACAGCCUUGCAAUGCUUUGUGCGUUAACAACCGUGUGUGUCGGAGUCACUUUACUCCGCAUUUCCCAGGAAGCUGUUGUUACCUGGAAGCAGAAGGAAGCAUGAGAGCAGAUGGACUGAUGGAGAUGCUUUUAUAAUCAUGUGACACUUGUGCCACUCUACAUUUCCUUUAACAUUGUACUACCUCCAGUUUAAGUGGCCAAAGCGCCCUACCCUUACCAGUAUGACUGCUGUAACUCAACAUCUCAUUAGGGUUGCUGUGAUAAAUCUAAUUAACUCUAACCCACCUAACUCCACUGAUUAGCUGCGUUCACAGCUGGAUGUUUCCAGUCUGCCUACCCCCCUGAGAUCAGUAUUAUCAUUUAUUCCUGUGUGUAAUUCAGCUGUACACAAUGACUACGUUACUAUCUAAAAUAAGUGCAAUACUUUGUUUUCUAUACAUGGCUCUUGUAGUUUUAAUCACAUGCACUCCACUUGUCAGUUUCAGCUGACGAGUGAACCUUUUAACAUUGUUCAAUUUUGACUUUUUGGUAGUAAAAGGGAACAAAAACAUUGUAAAUGCUUCUGCUUUCCACACAACUUUACCAUGUGCAUUACCACAGCUCAGUGCAGGAGAAUCACACACCCUGAGACUACAGGUGAAUUAUUCAGAGUAAUUUCAGGAUCAGACUCCUGAGCGGUGAAGACUCGACUCUGUGGAAGCUAAUUUCCAGCACUUAACAGAAAGAACAAUACAUAAUAUUGAGAUCCAUAUGUAUAAUGAGACUUUAAGACUCUUAAUCAUGAGAACAAAUGCCACAAUUGAGUUUCAAAGUCUAAUAUUAAAAAUUUCAAUUCAUGAGUUUUAAAUUCAUAAUAAAGUUUGAAAGUCUUUGUUCCAGCGGCUCCCGAAAACGUAACCCAGACGCCGCUUUGUUUGAGAUGGGGUCCGGUAGUGACGUGCUGAACAAUAACCGACUGAGAUCUGUUUGUUUUUUAGUGAAUUCAUUUUCAUACCUGAACUUCUGUGUUUUAUCGUUUACGUAGUCAACAGAAGCAUCCUGAAUUCACUUCAUUCUUAGCGAUCUGUCAUGCAGUCAACAAAUAGUGUGGGCCCCAUCUCCCUGACCGUCUCUCCUCCCCCAGGUGGAACUGAUAAGGGCUUUAACGGACUCCCACUUGACUGACCCACAUAUCAAGAUUGUAUUAAAAUAAACAAACAUUUUGAACAUUAACAAAUACAAUCAAACCUCUUUAUUUACUUUAAGGCUCAUACAGUCAUGAUAUGAGGUAAAGUCAUGAUCACUAAUAUAAAGAUAUAAGGUACUAAGUCAAAAUUAUUUAAAAGUAUGUUUUAGGAGAUAGACUUCUAACUGUAGAAUUGUGUUUCAAAGAAUACUAAGUCAUAAAUAUAACUUAUGUCAAAACAAUGACUAAUGUGCAGAAUUAUGACAUCAAAUUUGAUGUUUUCUUUGUCUUUUCAGUGACUCCAUAAUGAAAUGCUGUUAUUCUAGUCUGUUAAAUGUUUGAACUUAUUCAUAAAUUUGCAAAUAGUGUUUAUUUGGAUUACAACUUUAGGUUGGUCUUGAAUUAAAUAUUCAAACUAU